AUGAUUUCUUCCCUUUUACGAAGGCCAAUUAUUGAUAUAAUAAAUAAGAGGUCCUUUACAACAACAAACAAUAUACUGAAUACAUAUGAUAGGGAUAAUAUUGAAGCAAACAAAAGAGGGAUAAAUACUGAACAGCCAGAUAUAUAUGAAAAAUAUGAAGUAUUAAAAGAAAUAAAGACGAAAGAGAGUUUAAAAAAAUCAUUAAAAAAAUUUAGAGAAAUUGUUAAAAGGGAAACAUCAAAAAAAGGAUAUAAUUCAUAUUAUGGAUGGCCACCAAGAAAUCGAAUAAAAGUUGUAGACGACGAAAAGCUUGGAGCAUAUGGAAGGACGUUGUUUGUGUUUAACAGAACAAAAGGAAUUCAUGAAAAGGAGCCAAACUUAUGUAUAUGCUGCAAAAAUAAAGGCAUACUACUUUUUAAUAAGUCUGAAUUUGAGGCCUUAUUAAAAAACAUGGGCACCAUAAAACACCAACUCGAAGAAUUUGCGAAAAAAAUUUAA